CCUUCCUCACUCACUCUCUCAAUCACUCACUCUCACUCGCUUGCUUGCUUACUAAGUUGCCUGCGAGGAGGAGGAGGAAGUGGACGAUGACCUAAUUUGCAGCAGCAGCAUCGAAUCUGCGUGCCUUGUUAACACCCUUCUUCAUGAUCCCUCCGUCCCAUAUUAGGGACUACUUACUUGCACGACUGACUGAGCUGACCCACAAUUUUGCCUCUCAUCUCGAGUGCUGGAUAUCCCAUGAGUGAGCUUGGUUUCGUUCUGGAGAUGGAUGAAGAUUUGCACCAGGUGUGAGUGAGUGAGUGCAGAUUUGUCGGGACUUCUUUGUCAGCGUAGUCGUUCCUAUUCAAUUCCCAGGAGUUGAGUGUCUGGGUUGAGUAGUAGUAGUAGUAGUAGUAGUAGUGUGUGUGUGUGUGUGUGUGUGUUUGCAUUUGCAUUUGGACUGACGGUGUAAUUGGCAGUCUUUGGUGUCUGAGCUUAGGGGACUGUUUUUUAAUCAAUUGCAUUUGCUGUGCUGCGCGUGUAUAAAUUCCUGCUGAAUUUGAGAGGUUAGGCAAUUGCAGCUUAGGGUAGAACGUGGGUUGGUGUGAAUUUUCUCUCAAAGAUGCGUGUCGAUAGAUUUGAGAAAAGUCCGGUUUGGUCUGGUCUGGACUGGUGUCAAGGCGCAUGUAGCGACGUCAGAUUGCAGCUGCCAUGGCCCUUCAAACCCUUGCAAUCUGUGGGGCAGCAACUGUUCACCUCGUUGCAGAACCAAUUCAGCCCUCACCCCACGAAAAGGUUCGCCAAAGUGCCCACCAGUUUUAGGGUUUCGAAUUCCGAGCUCCAUGCGUUUCAAGCUAGAAUCGAAUCUUUAACAGCAAAAUUUCCCCUAUGGGUGCAAAAGAAGGGGCAGCAGAGGACCCCUAAGUUGUCACCCGAGGAGCAGGGAGACGCCGAGGAGCGCGCAUUGGCAAUUGCUUUGGCAGGGCGGCAGAAAGCUACGAUACUCGAGUUUUAUUCCCCCAGGUGCACGCUAUGCCGGUCGCUGAUGCAAGUGGUCGAGGACAUACAGCGGAGGGAGGGCGAUUGGCUGCGCAUCGUAAUGGCGGAUGUGGAGAAUAAGACGUGGCUUCCAGAGGCUUCCCUAUACGAUAUAAACUAUGUACCAUGCUUUGUAUUAUUGGACUCGCAAGGCACGGCGCUGGCCAAGACUGGGGUCCCGCACAGCCGUAUGCAUGUUUUGCAAGGGUUGUCAUACUUGCUGGAGAGCAUGAGACCAAUCCGGGGGGCCUUGAAACGGGUCCCUGUGUCAGAGACGGAUUUUGAUGGCAACGCUAGCAGCGAAAGUUAACCACAUUUUGUGAUCCACAAUGUCUCGAGUGCUAGCUUCUACUAGAAUGUUGAUAUCCAGUUUUACAGUUACAAGUUGAUAGGGUGAGUUGAUUACAAGGUCGUUGUAUCUGCAUAAGCCACUUAGGGAUUUUUGCCUAGAUGAAGCUCAGAAACAGCUCUUCGUUGCAGCUUCUUACGUCUAAAUUUUCAUGGAGGCUUGCUUGGAACAUGUCAACUAUUUACUUUUAUUAAUUUUAGUUCAGGUUCCUCACAUGUGGUGUAUAAUUAUUUUUAUAUGAAGCUUAGAAUACUGUCGUCUCUGCUGCAA